AUGACGCUCCCGCUUGAGCUGCGCCUGCUCAUCUGGGAAAACUUCGGCUCCGAAACCCGUGUCUUCGAAUACAAAGAGGACACCGGCCUCGUCCGCCCGUCCCGCGAAUACCGCCACCCGCGCCGAGUCGGCCUGGCCGUCUGCUCCGAAUCACGACGAGCGAUCCAGGCUCUCCUCAAAACCUUUGAGCACCCCCACGACCUCGACAAACGCAGCCUGCUGCCGCCGCCGCUGCGCUACGCCCCGCACGACGACAUCUUCUACCUCCCGCCGCUGGUCUACCGCAGCCGCAUCCAGGCGUGGGACUCGCUCUGGACGACGAAGCCCGGGGUCCGCAACGUCGGCGUCCACUGGUCCGUGCUCUGCGACGAGCGGCGCAUCGCGGAGGCGUUGAAGGCGCUGAGGAGGUGCUUUGUGGACCUGCGGCGAGUGGUGGUGUUUGUCGAGUUCAAGGCGCUGCCGGAGCCGGAGGAGGAUGUCUGCGCCGGGGGCAUCGUGAAGGUUAUGGGGCCCGUGGAGGACGAGUACCGGCUGCCGUCGUUGUUCUCGGAGGUGCAUGGGCUGAUGGAUGAGUUUUGGACGUGGGGGGAGAUGAGGACGGCUGUUGAGAGGGUUAGGAAGGGCGUUGCGAGCGCUAUUGAGGUUGAAGGGAUGCUUUAUUGUCGGGAGGUUGAGGACGGCCCAGAGUUUUGA